GUGAGAGAGAGAGAGAGAGAGAGAGAGGUGGAAAUAGUGUAAUAAACGAUUAUACAAGAAGAUGUUAAGAGACAAAUUGUUCAGCUACCACGUAAAGGACACGUCCUGAGUGUGUGUGUGUGUCUUGUGAGACAUUUUGUCAGACGUUCUUCUGCACUAAAACAUUCAGAAGAUGAUGGAUGGAUCGAGCGAUCAGUCAGCACCGUGCGUGAAUGCGAACAGCGUCAGGAUUACUGACGUCACGCAGAACGGAGACACGCUAACCUUCGCCAUCACGUCUCAGAAGCUGAGCAGCGUGAACGGGAUCUGUGUCUUCAGGACGUACGAGGAUUUCGACUGGCUGCAGCAGAGUCUUUUCUCUCAGGAGGAUGUUGCAGGACUCCAUGGAGUGAUCUUUCCUCCUCUGCCAGCCAAACCUCUGCCUUCCAGCUCUCACUCCCAGGCGAAAGCACUGAAACAGCUGGGCUUCCUGGCUCUAGGAGAUAACUACCAGCUUUACUGUAGGGCUUUAGAGUUUUACCUGCAGCAGGUGGCAGCACACAGCAUCCUGGGAAAAAGCAAAACACUGCACAGCUUCCUCAGCAGCACAGAGUUGGUCAGUAAACAGUGCAGCAAAAAAGGCAUCUUCACCCGCCUCAGUCAGGCCAUGGAGGAAAUGAGGAAGGAAGGUCACAAGGAUGUGGAUGAAUUCUUUCACAAUGAGAGAGAAAGCAACAUACACACAUCUGCCCUGUUUAAAGCAACCACAGAGAAAUUCGUCAACGUUGUGCUGACAAAGCAGAGGCUUGCUUUGGCAUGUGGCCAUUUCUCCACUGCGUUACAUCUCUGUGUUAAUCAGGACGAUCCGUCUUCUGUGGCCUUCUCCAAGAUUUCUCUCAAGCUGUCAGAUAUAAUGGAUGCAGUGAAAGGAAAUCUUGACAAAAUGUCUGAGAAUGACGUGUACACCUUGGGGUUGGGUUUGGAUCUCGAGUCUCGCUACCAGGAGGCAAAAAGAGAGAUGUUGUUCAGAAGAACCUGUAAACUAGUGGAACUGGAAAUCAUCAUGAAGAACGUGGAAAAAGCCAAACCCAAUAAGAAAGCAGUUAUGGACGGAAUUCAAAAAAUGACGCAGAAAGAGUUUAAUCUCAUCUCGUCAGUGGCGAAGGAAGAGAUCGAAUGGUACCAUAAAGCUCGUGUGGCUGUGUUGCGAGACUUUCUGGUCCGCUGGUGUGAGAAGCAGCUGGACACAGCCAGGGAAUCCGCCGCUCUCUUCUCUCAGCACCUGGAGGCUUGUAAAGGACUUUCUGUCUAAUACGACAUCUCUAAAACAUUUACUGUGCUCUGAUGAACAUGUACAAGUCUGAUAGAAAUGCUUUUCCUACAGAAUUGGGGAAUCAUUUGUCUGGGAUAUAACUGACUGAAGUAUAGCUUUAUGAUUUGAAACAAGUGAUUAAUACUAAAAAUAAGAAAAAAACAUUUUGAACGAUGUAUGUAUACUGUAGAAUUACUUUAAUUAUUAGGUCUAUAUUCAUUACUAUUCAUCUGGAAAUGUGCACAUUUAUUGGUUGUGUGU